AUCUGUGAAAGGCACUUGGCUGAACAUCACGAAGGUCUCCCGCCUGCACAUGAGCGCCUACCUGUGCAUCGCCUCCAACGGUGUGCUGCCCUCUGUCAGCAAGCGGAUCAUCCUUGAAGUCAGCUUCGCGCCCAUGAUAUGGAUCCCGAACCAGCUGGUCGGCGCGAGCGUCGAUACCGACGUGACCCUGGACUGCAAUCUGGAGUCGCACCCCAAGUCGGUGACCUACUGGACGCGCAACACGGACACCAUCAUUCACCAGAACUCCAAGUACUCGGUGGUCACGGUGCAACACGCCAUGUACAAGGUCCAGAUGCAGCUCAUGAUCCGCAGGCUCAAGCCCGAGGACUUUGGCGAGUACCACUGCGUCGCCAAGAACUCACUGGGCGAGACGGAAGGAACCAUCAAGCUCUACGCAGUCUCGAUGCUUUACUAG